AUGGCGGGUGAACAGCUGAACGUGCUAAAAGCACUCGACGGCGCCAAGACGCAAUGGUAUCAUUUCACGGCCAUCGUCAUUGCCGGCAUGGGCUUCUUCACCAACGCUUACGACCUCUUCUGCGUCUCUCUCAUCACUAGGCUGCUGGGUCGCAUCUACUACACCGAUCCUGGCAGCAACGAGCCCGGCAACCUCCCAGCCAACGUGUCAGCCGCCGUGAACGGCGUGGCCCUCUGCGGCACGCUCGUGGGCCAGCUCUUCUUUGGCUGGCUCGGUGACAAGCUCGGCCGUAAGAGGGUCUAUGGUUUCACACUCAUCCUCAUGGUCCUUUGUUCAAUUGCCUCAGGGCUCUCCUUCGGGCACGGGGCUAAGGGCGUCAUAGGGACGCUAUGUUUCUUCCGCUUCUGGCUCGGCUUCGGCGUCGGCGGCGACUACCCCUUGUCAGCCACCAUCAUGUCCGAGUAUGCCAACAAAAAGUCCCGUGGCACCUUUAUCGCGGCCGUCUUCGCCAUGCAGGGCUUCGGCAUCUUGUUCGGCACCAUUGUCAGCAUCGUCGUCUCGGCCGCGUUCCGGAACAUGUUCCCGGCGCCGCCCUUCUACAUCAACGCUGCGGAGUCCAUCGGGCCGGAGGCUGACUACGCGUGGCGCAUAAUCGUCAUGUUCGGCACCAUCCCUGCCAUGCUGACAUACUACUGGCGUAUGAAGAUGCCUGAGACCGCACGGUACACAGCGCUCAUUGCUCACGAUACGAGGCAGGCCACAACGGACAUGUCCAAAGUGCUUAACAAGGACAUCACAGAGGAGGAGGAGCAGGUCCGGCUUCAGGUAGCCUCUGACGACACCUGGGGCCUCUUCUCGCGGGAGUUCAUUAGGCGCCACGGGUUGCACCUGCUAGCCACCACCAGCACCUGGUUCCUAUUGGACGUUGCCUUCUACAGCCAGAAUUUGUUGCAGGAGGCCAUCUUCACCAAUGUCGGCUGGAUCCCGCCAGCAAGGGCCAUGAGCGCCUUGCAGGAGCUGUCCAACAUCGCCCGUGCCCAAGCACUCAUCGCACUAUGCGGCACCGUACCGGGCUACUGGUUCACCGUCGCUUUCAUCGACAUCAUCGGUAGGUUCUGGAUUCAGCUCAUGGGCUUCGCCAUGAUGACCAUCUUCAUGCUCGCCGUCGCAGUUCCAUAUGACUACCUGGUGAAGCCCGGGCACCACACAUGGUUCAUCGUGCUCUACGGCCUCACCUUUUUCUUUGCUAACUUCGGACCCAACAGCACAACGUUCAUCGUGCCUGCCGAGAUCUUCCCGGCCAGGCUCCGGUCCACGUGCCACGGCAUCUCCGCCGCUGCCGGUAAGGCCGGGUCAAUCGUCGGCGCGUUUGGGUUCCUGUACGCGUCCCAGGACCAGAAAAAGGCCGAGAAAGGGUAUUCCACAGGUAUCGGAAUGCGCAACACGCUCUUCCUGCUCUCCGGCACCAACUUCCUAGGCUUGCUCUUCUCGCUGCUGCUGCCAGAGUCCAAGGGCAGGUCGCUCGAGGAGAUCUCCAAAGAGAGUGUCAACGACGAAGACACCAUUGCCCCGGCUGUCUAG